UCUGCUGUUCAUCGUCUGCUUCGCGGGGUAAACAUCUCCGGCCGCCGGCGCUCAUUGGCCCCCGCGGAGUGACGUUCGUCCAAUCAGUGGCAAGCUCUGGGGUAAACAUCAAGGUUAUCCAUGAUUUUUUUGUUUACUCCACCUGCAAUUAUCCAUCCGACGGCCUGCCGCCCCGCGCUGCCCUUGACGAGAGCCGAUCAGCUGAUCAUGUAAACAAACCUCGGGGCGAGAGACCGCGUGCGGGACGACGGUAAAUAACAAAUUCGUAAACAGUGAAUGAUCCAAAUAUGAUUCCACUAAUCACUCUUAAAAUGUCACGGUGUCAGAGAUGUAUUACGUCACAGUCAGCCAUCCAAGUCUGGGGUUCCCUCAUUAGAAGACAACUUUCCACCACCUGUGUGCCGUUCAAUGUCAGAAAAUCAGUGUCUAAGCAAGUCAAGUCUGGUUCAUCUGGGUCUUUUGGAGAAAAAGCCAAGGAGGCCACUCGCACAACAUCUUACACAGCAGUAGUCUUGGUAGGAGUGGGAGUGACAGGACUUAUGCUUUACUCUGUAUUUAAAGAGCUUCUGUCAUCCUUCUCACCACAGUCUGUAUACAGUGCUGCUGUUGAGAAAUGCAUAGCAAACUCAAGAAUCGUAGAUCUCUUGGGAGACUCUGUCAAGAGUUAUGGAGAAGAAAGCCGGCGUGGACGCAGGCAGCAUAUCAG